AGUGAGCCAUGGGGACGUGGUAGGUGACCAGCCUCUGUCUCACUUCAGGAACAACUUCAGCAGCAACAGGAGCAGUUAUUGAACAUCUCACCCGGGGACCAGGCAUGCUUCCCCGCAGGCAGGACCUCAGCUCCGGCUCGGUUCGUCGGGGCUCUGCGGUGCUGCCCUCCCUGCUCACCUUCCUGGUGAUCGUGGCGUCCGGAGGCCUGCUGCUCAUGAUCGAGAAGGGAAUGCUGAGCAGCAUGGAGACGCCUCCACCCAGAGGGGCCGGCAGGCGGCAGGACCUCAUCAGGAGUCCGGCUGCUGUGGACGUGGACGCACAGAUCCUCCAGGAGAUCCGUAACCGGACCAUCAGGACCGUGUGCCGGCAGAAGAACAUGCCCCACAGCGUGUGGUCCCUGAGCCCGCUGCAGAGGAAGACGCUGCUGCAGCACGUCCUGGUGAACGACCAGUACCGCUUCCUCUACUGCUACGUCCCCAAGGUGGCCUGCUCCAACUGGAAGCGGGUGCUGAAGGUCCUGAACGGCGCCCUGGAGAACGUGGACGUCAGCGUCAAGAUGGACCACCGCAGCGACCUUCUGUUCUUGUCGUCCCUCAAACCCGAGGAGAUCCGCUACCGCCUCAAGCACUACUUCAAGUUCAUGUUCGUGCGGGAGCCGAUGGAGCGGCUUCUCUCCGCGUACCGGAACAAGUUCGGGGAGAUCGAGUCCUACCAGAAGAAGUACGGCGUGGAGAUCGUGACGAGGUACAGAAAAGGCCUCACCAAGGAGGCCACGUCCGUUAAAGGCGACGACGUGACGUUCGGCGAGUUCGCCCGCUACCUGCUGGACGAGGACUCGGAGCGCAUGAACGAGCACUGGAUGCCGGUGUACAACCUGUGCCAGCCCUGCGCCGUGUCCUACGACUUCAUCGGCUCCUACGAGCGUCUGGAGAGCGACUCGGAUUACGUGCUCCAGCGCGUCGGGGCGCCCCCUCACGUCCGCUUCCCGGAGCGGCAGACGUGGUACAAGCCGGUUACCACGGAGACGCUGCACUAUUAUCUGUGCAGUUUACCUCAGAAGCUGCUGAGGGAACUGCUGCCCAAGUACAUUCUAGACUUCUCCCUCUUCGCUUACACUCUCCCCAACACAACCACUGAGCACUGCCGCCAUUAAAUGUGAUGAGAUUAUAAUUUUUUUAUAGAGAAUCAUUUUUUUAAACUAUUUUUUAAAUCCCUAGGGAAGAAGCAGUAUUUUCAUAGCUGUUACACAUUUUUACCUGAGAUAUUUCAUUAAAAGAAAAUUGACUAUGAAACCACUAAAGCUUGAAAUCAGCUGAAGACAAAGAUUUAAAAAAAGAAAAUAACCUGUAAAAUCGCUUCCAUUUCAACGUUUUCCUGUCAUGCACUGUUACAGUAAACGAACCAAUUCAGUAUAUAAAUAAUGAUGUAAAUAAGGUUGCAAGACCAAAUUGUAUUUUCUUGUUUCUUCAUCCACAUGUCGGAGAAGUCGACGGGUUUAUAGCUUCAGUGGUUAUUCAGUGGUUUAGCGGGCUAAAACACAAACCAUACACUCAGAGUUUUAUGGUUUUAAAUCAAGCGUUGUGUGCUUUUGUUUCACGUCACAUCCUCUCCUCUCCAUCCGUCUCCCAUCUUUCCUAAUGUUCGGACAAUUUACCUCGUAAUAAAACAGAAGAUAAAGUUCAGCGAUCAUCACUGCAAUUCAUGUCAUUUUUGAAUCGCUUUAUUUUAUGAAUAAUUUAAUAAUUUAAACAUUUUAGAAAAAAAAACAUGAAGCAUAAUACACAUAACCACAGGGUUGAACAAAUACUGUUUUUGCUACAUAUAUGAGGUUAUAGUUAAAUUCAUUUCAGGAGAGCUAACUCUCAAAGCUGGAGCCUCAUUUUACUGUGUAACGUACCGACAGAGACGACAUUUGGCAUCCAGUUAUGUGAGUGGAAUCAACGAGACGUUAAUAUAAAAAAUACAAAAAUGUGUUUGAAUGUUCGCAUGGUCAUUAGUUUCAGUAAACACCCAGGCAUGAUUUCACCACAGGUCGCUGCAGGAUAAUUAAUGCAGAGACUUACGGAGGCCUUCACAGUUCAUGUCCGGACCCAAACCUUUAAAGUUUCUAGUGGUUUCUGACUCAUCAGAUCCUUCACUUGUCUGUCUCUCUAGUCGUUAAUCCUUGAAGCUCACACUUCUGAAAAGAGAAAGAAAAAGAUUUGUUAGAGAUUUUCAUGAAAUAAGGCAGAUACAUUUUUUUACAUUUAAAAACAGUUAUUGCUCAUUAUUUUUGCUUUUUUUAAAAUCAAAAAUCUGUGCUUCUGUUUUUAACUUGGACCCUAUUUUCCCACGUUUUUCUAGUAUUGAGCGAGAACUUUGACACAAAAAGAUGGGAAAAUAUGGUCCAGGUUGAAACACCGGCUAAAUUCCUGGACUGAAAAUCAAAAUCAACAAGCCCUAAAAAAGCCGAAUCCUUUUCCUGUCCAAAG